UUCGAGGCUCCUUCUAAUCCCGACGCAGCUUUGCGCAUCAUAGCCGAUUGCGAGCCUCCAGCGAAUCGUUUGGAGCGAAACGCCAGCGUUUCGGCAUCAGCGCAGUCACCACUUCUGUUCAGGUUUCCGACUAAUUGUGAGCCGCUAUCGCCGCUGCGGUGAAAGAGUAGCGGAGAGCAAACGGCUCGCGCGCAGUCUAAGGUUAGACGUUGUUACGGUAGCCUCGCGGCGGACUCUUCGUUGUUCCCGGUCCCGUUUUUCGCGCAGCUACAAUCUAUAAUCUACUCCGGAGCGUUCGCCGAUCGCUGCCGAUAUCCUCGCGAUUCGACGAGAACCCCCCCCACGUCGUAAAGUCCACUUUUCCGAUUCCUUAUUUUCAUUUAUUAUCCUUCCUCCGUUCCGACGCGAUCCUCGAUCGCUGAAUUCCGACGACGUCGCGUUUCGACCGUUCGACGUUCGUUUGUUCGCGGCUUCGGUAUUCCUUUGUUUUAUCGUUCGCGGUGCUGAUUUUCCCACCGUAAGAGGGAAAAUCGAUUUUGAGAAACGUCAGAAAUCACGCCGAGUUUACGGUGGAACGUAAAACAAACUAGCCCGGGAACGUUGUAACGACAUUACCGAGUGUGUUUCUUCUUUUUUGUUUCGUUUUGUUUUGUUUUUUUUUCUACUGUUGCGGGAAUCGUCGGGUUCCGAAACGAGUUCCGGCUGAAGUUUGCCAAAAGGACCGGCGCCGACAACGCGACUUUCGAAGACAUCGGAUACCGAUGCGACGUGUGAUUGAUUAGGAAAAAAAAAAAAAAAAAAAACUGAGGAAGAAUGACAAUCGCCGAGAUGAAAUCCGAAACGAACUUUGAAUUCUGAGGAAUAAUAAUUAUCGGACGAGCGAUUUCCGCGUCGCAAAUUCACUUUGAAUUUAAAUAAAACGAUGCGCGAGAGUGAAAUUUUCUCAUUUUGUUUUGUUUCUUUUUUUUUUUUUUCGUUUUUUUUUUCAUUAAUCAGCGGUGAGUUGCGCGGGUGGGUGUGAGUGUGCGUGAUUCGUCGGUGAUCGAUCGAUGAGCGAAUAACGCCAAUAUCUUCGGCGGAUCGGAUUAACGGGAAUCUCGUCUCGUCGACAUUCGCAAUCAACGAAACUGCCGACAAACUGCCGACAAACGAAUGAACAGGAGCUCCGACAUUGUCGUCAGAUGAUAUUCAUCGAGUCACGGAUCUUGACAACGAUAUAAAACAAGGGACCUCGUCGCGUCUCUUCCUUUACCAGGCGGCUGCCCAUUUAUAUACGAAAUUAGAACCAGCUGUACUCGAACACCGCUGUUACAACGGAGAGCAGAGCCAUGAAAUUCUUAACGAUCAACGGAGCGUUUUCUCUGAUGCUAUGUGCGACGAUCGUACCCGACGUCCUCGUUCACGGAUCGCCGCAGAGUUCGUAUUUGGUUCUGGACCAAGAGCAGCCGUCCAAAAAAUGCGGAUACUCCAAAUGGCACUCACUCCUACAAGUCGAUUGCUCCAACAGAGGUCUCGACAAGAUACCGCAAAAAUUGAACUCGAAUAUCCAGGCAAUGUACAUGGCCUCCAAUCGGCUGCGCGACCUUCCUUCGGAUAGUUUCGCGCCGUACAAGAGUCUGGCUUACUUGUACCUCGACGACAACUUCAUCGGCGAGAUCGACGAGUCCAUGGAAUACCCCGAGUACCUGCAGGUCCUCGACCUCUCCAAGAACGGCCUGCACGACGUGCCGUCCAGCGUCUUCGACCUCCCGUCCUUGAAGAAGAUUUACCUCUCCAAGAACAAGUUGAAAGACGGAACUUUCGACAUCAACGUGACCUCGCCGAUCGAGCUGAUCGACCUCGCGGAAAAUUCGCUGACAAAAAUUCCGUCCGUCGGCCUGCAGCCGUCACUUCUCUACCUCAACGUCUCCUACAACAAGAUCAGCCACGUUACCACGGAGGAUUUGGCCCAGUUUUGCUCGCUGCAGACGCUCGACCUCACGAACAAUCCGCUCGCGUUCGAUCCAACGAAUUGCGAGUGCUACCAUUUCGCCUCGUGGAUAUCGGAGCGUAAGAUAAAAUUGAUGCCGGGCGUUCCCUGCAACAACGACACCUUCGAGGCGUGCGGCAAAUUGGGUUUCUCCAACGAAACCACGACGUCCUUCGAGCGUUGCUUGGACGUAAUAAAGGUUAGGGCGGCGCAGCUCAAGGCCAGAUCCACCUGGAUCACCGUGGUGAGCUGCAUCAGCGCGUUUUUGGUAUGCUUGGUCGUCGGACUCUACUGCGUUCACAAGAGGAACAAAAAGAGGAGCAAGAAACUCAAAACGCAACAAAAACUUACCGCGAGUAACGCCAACACCGAACUGCUCAACGGCAACCUGCCCGAAACGCCGCCCUAGAAGUCCGAGGUGAAAAAAAAAUACUUAGCGACUGUGAAAUUGUGAAAAUUCGCGUCACGAAUUCGUUCGACACGUUCCCCCCCCCCCGUUUCUACGCGUCGGUCGUUGCGACAAUUUCGAAUUGUGCAGGAUCUACCGUAAAAUAGAGUUUCUUCUAGUCCACGUAUUCGAAUUUUGUGAAAAAGCGUAAAAAAAAACAAAAAAAAGAAACUGAGGUGUGAAUUGCCGGGCAUGUGCAUCUUCGUUGUUGCAUAUUUGGACUGCAGAAUAGUGUUCGUUUGAAAAGCUGCCCGGCUUGGGAGGUCCUAAAUUUUGGAAAAAGUGUCUUAAAAAAUGUGCCUUGAAAAAAUAAGUUGAAUAAUUGUAGGAAUAAAAUGGAAAUUGAUGAUUACAGGGUAAUUCUAUAGUAGAAUAGAUCAGGUAGGGCGUGCCAUGUGGAUAUCCUUGAUAUUAUUUCGUUUUUAAUUUUGUUAUACAUCCGAUGCAGUAUUUAUCACAACGUACAAUGUAAUAAGAUUUAUUCGAGAAUAGAUUUCUAAUUUUCUAACCUCCGGUUCGUCGUAACGAUACGACGUUUGAUGAAAAGCGAAUCAAAUAUAUUUCAUAACUGUUUUGAAUAUUUUUCAACAAUCGGGUGAAAUCGAAAAGAAAAAAAAGAUGAAAGCGAAAUGUCAAAUAAGUCAGCGAUCGUUUGUUUACCAUAAUUGUACGAACAGCGAAUGAAUUAUCCAUGAAAAUGUGGUUAAUCAUCAAUUAGGAAACAAUGAGAUGCAAAAUUAUACGCGCGCAUGAGGGUGUGAAGGAAAAAAGAAUGAACGUCGGUUGAUAUCGAUCUACUUACAUUUCUUUCUUUCACAGAAAAUAUCAACGGCCAAUAUUACAAUAUUACAAAUUUCUAAGAGACCGUUCUGAUACCAGAGUCGAAAAAGAGCCAAUAAACGAAUUCCGGUAGUUCAGAUAAAUUUUCCCACAAAUUGAAAAAAGAAAACAGAAAAAUCGUAUAUUCUUUUCUCCUCAAAACGCCCAAAUGCGGCACUGCCUCAUUCCGAUUUCGUUACUUUUCACAACCAGAUUCAUUUAUCUAGAGCUGUAAUAAAUGCACAUAUCGUCACAUGCAUGCGGUCUGAAAGAUAAGCCGAUUAACUCGCACGCGCAUCGUCUACAAAAUGGUGUGUACCGUACUUAUGAUUGCAGCCGAAAAAAAAAUUAACGACGGCUGACGAAAUAAAAUUCUAGAUAUCAUAAGUAUACCACGUGAAAAGCACAUAAAAAAAAACACUACAUUUUUUUUCUACGAUGUUUCCGAAUAAUGUUCGAUAAUUAAUAUUUCUUAUUCACUUCGUUCAAUUUUCUAAAAACUGAACUUAAAAAUAUAGGUAUAUAUAUAUAUAUGCACAAUGUGUAUAGAAAAAAAAAAAGGGUAAUUUAAAGAGAAAACAAACAUUCUACGAGAGUAAUUAUAUUGUAAUUUUAAGGUAGCUUAUUAUUUAUCACACGAUCGUACAAUAUUUAUCCUUGUGGGUAUUUGAGUGAAAACAAAAAAAAAAAAGAAAAAACCCCGAAUUCUUAAUACGAUAUAGUCAGUAUGUAUACAAUGUAUGUCGCAAACGCUGUAUAGUAUAAUUUUUUGUAUCGUUGAGCGGUAAUCGCGGCCAGGGCGAUAAAAAAAAUAGAUUUUUUUUUUCCUGCAUCGUUUCGUUAUUUUUAUACAGUAUAGUCUAGUCUAGUCUAGUCGACAUGUACCACUCCGGUGAAUUCCGGUUCGCCUUCUCCGAAAAUUAUGAUCUAGGUGUCGGCCGAUUCGGAAUGGCGUCUGGAAACUUUUUGAGAAGUUUGCGCACGGAAAAAUAGCAAAAGUUAUCAACGAUUUUGUGGAAAAAUUGCAGAGGGGUUUAGCUUUCCGCGAAUAUCGAAAAAGUUAUGGCAGAUAUCGAAAAUCCUUUGAAAAUCCUUAUGAGGCAGGAAAUUUCCGAAAAGAUUAAAUACGGAAAGUUUUCUCAUUAUUGAAAUCUACAUGAAACUAAUUUGUUGAAAUUUUUUACUAAUAUUAUUCGAACAGCUAUAUUUUAAGAUAAUUGCAAAAUUUUUUUUAGCACCGUAAUCAUUAACGAGAAUAUUGAUUUUUAAGAAAGAAAUCGUUAAAAAAAACAAAUAAUUUUAUGGCUCAAUAACGGAUUUGAUAAUUAACAAGUUUUUUACACCACUCGUUAUUAUUAUUAUGAAACAGUUUGUUUUUAAUUUUUCAUUGACUAUUCAACAGAUAAUUUGUUAUGAACAAAUAAAUCGUCAAUUUAUUUUUUCCUAUCUUCGAAACGUGAUAAAAACAACUGUGUAUUGUUUUUUUUUUUAAUUCUUGUUGGAAAUUCAUAAGACCGCGAAAAAAUAAAAUAAUAUAAAAAAAAUUAGUUCCAUGUAGAUUUUGAUAAUAAGAAAACGAAACAGUCGUAAUAUUUGAGAAAUAUAAAUUUAUUAUUGACUUUAUUCACGAUUUUCAUUUUUUCAUGCUUUAGUAUGUCGACAAUCUUCAGAGAAUAGCUCCAAGCAAUAAAGAGAUUCUUCGGUUUUUAGUUCAACAAUUAUUUGGGUUUUUAUGAUGAUAUAAAACUCGUAAAAAUAAUUUAAUUAACAAAAGUAUAUCUAAUUCUAAAAUCGGGGGACAAAUUUUUUUCCAACGCAUUAUUGUUUAUUCAACUAUCCAAAAAGUAUGAAUUUGUUUUUCUUGCGGACAAAUUUUUUUCCAACGCAUUAUUGUUUAUUCAACUAUCCAAAAAGUAUGAAUUUGUUUUUCUUGCGGAUUUUCGAUAUCUGCGAUAGUUUUUUAGAUAUCCGCAAAAAAACUAAACCCCUGUUUUUUUUUCGGUAAAUUGUUGAUAAGUUUUGAAAUUUUUUCGCGCGCCACUUCAAAUUUUUCAAAAAUUUUCUAGACGGCAAUCCCAAUCGAAUGACACCUGGAUCAUAAUUUUCGGAGAAGGCGAACUGGAAUUCACAAAAAUGGUACAUUUUGACCAGACUAGUAAUCAGUAGAGAAGCAGAGCUUAAUCGUUAUAGUUUAAUUGUAAGUCGAAAUACCGAGUGGAAGAUCGACUACCAAAUAAAAUAGGUAUUUCGUUACGCAGUUCCUCGUGAUUAACAGGUUGAGAGAUUUAUAUUAUAUUAUAAAUAUUGAUUAUCAGUACGUUGUUAUCGAAAACGGAGCGUUGGUAUAAUUUGCAAUACCUACUAUUGUCUGGAGGAGUGAUAGAGAGGGGUAUACUUACUUACAAUUAGUGUUUGUCUGAAGGUAUGACGCGUCUCGCGUAAAGUCUACUUCGCAAAAAACGAUUCGUUCAAUCGUUGCAACCAUUUAAUAAACUGUAAAAAUAAACCAUAUCGUCUAUCGAAUCGAAAAA